ACUGCAAACGUAAUAUCAAAAUUUCGACAAGAUGAACAUACGCUGCGCUAAGCCCGAGGACCUCAUGACCAUGCAGCAUUGCAAUUUGCUCUGCUUGCCGGAGAACUAUCAAAUGAAAUACUAUUUUUAUCAUGGCCUGACCUGGCCCCAGCUCAGCUAUGUGGCCGAGGAUGAUAAGGGCGGCAUUGUCGGCUAUGUGCUGGCCAAAAUGGAGGAGCCCGAGCCGGGCGAGGAGAGCAAACACGGUCACAUUACCUCACUGGCGGUCAAGCGUUCCUAUCGUCGUCUCGGUCUCGCCCAGAAGUUGAUGAAUCAGGCAUCCCAGGCCAUGGUCGAGUGCUUCAAUGCUCAAUAUGUUUCGCUGCAUGUGCGCAAAAGCAAUCGGGCUGCUCUAAACCUGUACACCAACUCACUCAAGUUCAAGAUCAUCGAGGUGGAGCCCAAGUACUAUGCGGAUGGUGAGGAUGCCUAUGCCAUGCGUCGCGACCUGCGGGAGUUUGCUGAUGAUGACACGGCACAGAGCAAGGACAACGAGGAUAAUGAUAAGCACACACACAGAGGCAGCUCUGGUACCCACAAUCACAGCGGUCAUGAUGGUCACUGCUGCUAAGAACAACUUUCAAAAUACUUACAAAAAAAUAAAUUAAUAAAAUGCAUGCAUUUUUA